CGAAUGGGGUUGAUUUUGAUAAACCCGAAAAACCGAAACCCGAAUGGAUAAAACCGAAACCCGAUUGGGACCCCGAAUGCCCAUGCCUAACUUCAUGUAUCGAUUAAGAAUCCAUUAAAAUCUAAAUAAUAGCAUGUAAGUAAUAAAAUACCUACGAACAUAUAUAUUAUCUAAAAGUUGAUUGUGAAUCGAAAUUGAAAACAUUGGAAUUGGGGUGAGAUAAUAAGAUUAGUAUUAUGGAUGUCAAAAGAAAGAAUAAAAAAAAAUAAAGAUUUGUAUUGAAUUAGAAAAUGAUUUGAAGAAUCUAUACGAGAGAUAAAGAGAUUAUAACACAUAAAAAAGAAAAGGGAAAGAGAUAGAGAUAAGAGUAUUAUAGUCAUAAAAAAUAUUAAAAAAGAAACAAGGGUAUAUGGCAAAUUAUUUGGGCUUUUGGGUGCAUUCUUACCAAUUUCUCGUUUAAAUAUCUAUCGAAAACUCACUACGAAAAACUCGUUAGGCGUUCUUUAUAAUUGGAAGCUAGGGUAUGUCUAAUGCCAAUUGAAAAAAUUAGGGAUUAUACAGAAACUAAUAAAAUAAAGCAUUUAUAUUUUGUGGUUUUAUAUAAUACAUUUCUAAUGAAAUAAAAUAAAUAUGACUUGGUUCUGUGAUUCACACUUCUUUCAAAUGCUUUACAACUGUUUACCAAAAAAAAAUGCUUUACAACUUGAGUUUGAGGAGAAAAGAAGGCGUUUUCUGCCUGUUUUUAAACUAGGGUCCGAAUGGUAACCGCGGAAUUAGUAAAAUAAGCGGUGUGGAAUUAAAGUGCGGGACGGUUCAACUGCGGUUCGUGUGUUUUGCGGAAUAAGUGCGGUUUUGAUAAAACUAAUGGUGCGGAAUUGUGUUUGAUUGGUGAAAACAUGAUUUACGGAAUUGAACAAUUAAAUAAAUUUAAAUAAUAUUAAAUAUAUCCAUCAAUAAAUCAAUACAAUUUUAAAGUUAAAACUUUCUAUUUAGUAUUAUUGGUGUAAUUUUUUUUAUUAUUUUAAUUUUUUAAAUACAAUAAAAUCAUAUGAAUUACAAAUUUAAAAUUAUAUGAAUAAUAUAAAAAUUAAGUAAAAUACAAUAAAAGCAUUAUCAUUAUUUAUGCAAUUUUAAAUCACCAACCAUAUGUGUUUGUCAUAAAUAUAGUAAUAUUAUAAAUGUGAAUAAUGUUUUUGGUUUCAUCUCAAGUGCGUGUAUACUUUUGUUUAGAAUAAUUAACUAACAUACAUCGUUACUAACCAAUUUUACUAAUCAUGCUAGGUUACUACAAUAAUUUAAAAAUGAUAUAAACUGCAAUUCAUACCUGUAAAAAUGUGUACGUUCCUUUCUGAUGAGUAAAAAAAAUAGAAAGUUUUUCUUAGAAAAAGUUUAGCGAUAAAGACAAAGAAAAAAGAAAAAUAGUGGUAUGGGCUGAGUUAAUUCACGUAGUUCUAGCAAUAUACUGGUAAAAUAUAUUAAUUAAAAUAAAAAGGUAGUUAUUAUGCACUGUGUGAAAGCGUUUUUCAACGGACCGCAUGUUUUUACCCGAAAGGCGGAAUUGAAGUGCAGUUCUCUAUUUCAUGUGUAUUUUGGUUGUCUCGAAUUACGUGUGCGGAUUUCACUUUUUUUGAAAAAUAGAAAAACGCCUCUCUGUCAAAAAACGCGAAUGGUGAAUGCAAAAUAGUUUUUAUAAAAACGCACUGAAAUCCGCAAAUUGAAUGUCACCGAUCACUACCUAAGUUUAAUGUAAAGCAUUUAUGUCAUUAACCAAUCAUCUUCUUCGUUCUUUAUAUUUUUUAGGUUUCCCGCGAUUUUGACUCUGACAGCUUUUUAUUUUUACCAAAUUAUACAAUUUUUCUUCUUUUUUGUUAUUUUCAUAAAAACUUUAUGAAUUACAUUAUUCGGUUUUAGGAUGAAACAAGUAAGAUUUUUUUAGGAAUCCCAAUUCGUCACGUUUAGUACCCUAACAUUUUUGGUGGCCAUCCGGCCCUCGCUGCGUUUUAGAACGUAUCUCUAAGACCAUAUUCAACAAGACAGCAAAAUACCAAAUUUAGUGUAAUUACAUUUCUAACAAGAUAUUAAAAUUGACACUAUUUUACCAAAUUUGGUGUAAUGUGAAUAGUGUUACAAUAAAUUUGGUGUAACACUAUUCAUCACACCAAAUCUAUAAAAUACAUAUUUUAUUAUGUUUCAUUUAAUUAUAUAGUUUAUUUACUAUCAAAUUUGUAAUUAAACGUAAGUAUAUUGUAUUAUUUGUAUUUUAAAUUUAUUUUCACACAAUUUAAAAAUUAAAUUUUUUUUUCAAAAUAAAUUAUUAAAUGAAUAUUAUCACUUAUCACUUACAAAUAAUAAAAAUAUAAAUAAUAAUCUAAAUGUGAUAAAAUAAUUAUUUCUCAAUUAUAAAUAAUAAAAAUAUAAAAAAAAUUGAAAAUGAAAGCAUCAAAUAUAUAAUAUUACUUUGGUGUAAAGUUUGGUGUCAUUGUUGGAAAUGAUAAAAUUAUUUUGACACCAAAACACUAAAUUUGGUGUAAUUUCAACACCAAAUUUGAUGUCAUUAUUGAAGAUGCUCUAAACUUUAAACGUAUGACAAUAUUUUUUUUACUAAAUGUUAUUAGAUUUUGGUUUGUAUUAGACAUGAUUUAUUUUUUUUACUUCAUAUAUUCGAAAGGACAAUCUAUUGUUACAACAUCAUCCAAACCAAUUCAAGAAAGAAAAGGCGUAGACAAAUAACACAUGGUAAAUCGAAUUUACCAGUGAAUAAAACAAAAGGGUGAUCUGCAGCUAGUCAUCCGGUUUGGUGGUAAUAUGAUUCAUAGGUCAUUGAACGGCCACCACCGUUCGAAUUGCAUGCAUGAAAAAAAAAACAAAAGGGUGAUCAAAAGUAAACAUUCGAUCAUUGGACGUCUCCCACGUCAAGAAAGAUACUUGGGCCGGUCUAGAAUAGACCAUAAGAUAGCCCUGGAAAAAUUAAGCUCAUAAGACAGCCCAGAGCAAAAUAUUCAAGCUACAGUAUUCAAAAAGAUGCAUUUGUUUCUGCUUUUACUUGCCCUUUAAGGCAUUUGACCAAUGCUAAUUACUGGAAUUUUCAUAUUCUAAGUUUCCUAACACAUAUGUUACAGUUACACUUGUGCUUUCUUUUUACUGCUUUCUGAGUACUUAAAAGUUUUUGAUCUUCCAGAGAAGAAAGUUUUGAUUCAACGGAGUUUUCUUUCAUGACAAGGCUUCAUAUCUUAUCUUAUGGCUCUGUUUCUUCCUCAGAAUGAUUUUCUUAAACGGGGAAGAAUCAUUAUUUUUGGCCUGCAGUUCACAGCUUUUCACUGCUCUUUAAAUUUUCUUCAGAUAGUUAGAUGCCUUAAGUUUAAACCCUCUCUCUCUCUCUCUCUCUGACAACAAAAUGAGUUACGGAUUUAGUUAAUCAAACAUUCAAACUUAAGAAUGCUUUGUUGGCUUACACUUUCGACAUUGGUGGAGAGAAGAUACAGAAAGAUCUUGUUUUAUCUUUUUAUCUCAACCACAAUUAAAUACUUCAUCUUCUUUUCAAAAACCCUUAAGAAAUUGAAUUUCAAAUUGGAUACUUGAAUAAAUAAUUGAAUUUCUAAGAUGAUGUAAGCCAUAACCCCUGAAAAGAAAAGAUAAAUAUAAUUAAUAACUUGGUGACUAUAUAAAAAAAUAAGAGAUACUUGGAACCUACUCCAAAACUAUAAUCUAUAUGACUUGAUAAAGAUGACCAAGAAUGAAAGACAAGACCUAACUGAUGCAUGAUGUUAUUAUCCACUAAUUUAUUUGUGUUCGUCAUCUUUGUGAACAUUUCCCAAAUUGGGUAAACUCAUGACUUUACUAUUUAAGCAAAGACAAAAGCUCUCAAACUAAAAGCACAAAUUUAGAAAUAAUUUAGUUAACUAACACAAAAACAAAAAUGGAUUACAAGAAGGAAGAAAAUCUCCGUAGAGGUCCAUGGCUCGAAGAAGAAGAUGAACGGCUAGUGAAGUUCGUUACCCUUUUGGGAGAACGUCGUUGGGAUUCUUUAGCGAGAGUUUCCGGUUUGAAGAGGAGUGGUAAGAGUUGCAGGCUAAGGUGGAUGAACUAUCUGAAUCCGAGUCUGAAGCGUGGACCGAUGAGCCUAGAAGAAGAAACUAUCAUCUUUCAGCUCCAUGCUUUCUGGGGUAACAAGUGGUCAAAGAUUGCAAGGAGAUUACCCGGUAGGACUGAUAACGAGGUUAAGAACUAUUACAGAACUCAUUUUAGAAAGAAAUUGGAAGGUCAAAACUAUGAUAAGAUCAUUGACUGGAGCAGAAAUACAGGAGAAGACUUGUUGCGCAAGUAUAAGGAAACUGAGAUCACGUGGACAAGGACAACGACUCAAGAACAUGGAUUUGAUAAAACUGUGAAGGAGUCUAAGCAGAUGAACAUGGAGAGUGAUAAAGAAACUUGUGGUGGUAUUUUCGAAAGAGAGAGCUUUGGUGUUAUGAAAUCACCAUACGAAAACCGGAUAUCGGAUUGGAUAUCAGAAAUUUCUACAGACCAAAGUGACGCAAAUGUUCUAGAAGAACGUACCAGCAGUAGCAGUGAAAACAAUAUUAAUAUCAACGUUGGUUCUUGGUGGUUUCAAGAGACUAGGGACAUUGAAGAGUUUUCAUGCUCUCUAUGGUCAUAGUUAAUAUUACAGCUUGUUUCUUGAUCAUAUGAUGAAAACGUCUUCUAAAAGUUGAUGUUGAUAAAUAAAAUCUCUUUCUUGACUUAUCAUAUGAUCGAGUUUUUUUGUUUCUCUUGCUGUUUUCGCAAAAUAACAAACUUAUAAAGGUUAAUGCAUACCCAUAAUAACAAAAUAAAUAAAUGUUGCACAGUUGUGUAUGUCAGGUCUUGUCAUGUUAUAUGCAACAGCAAACACACGAGUUCAUGCUACGAAUAAAACACUAUUUAGUUUUUUCCAUCAACAUAAUUGGUUGAUGGGCUAUAUCUUUAAUAUGAAUUAAAUUUGUUGUUUGGUGUACUUUUGAGCCAAAUGAUUUGUCAAAAUGUUGAUAUUUAAUUUAUAUAGGGAAAGUAUGUAAUCUCUAAUAUAGAAAAUUAAAAUAUCCUAAAGUAAUAUACUUUUUUUGGUAGCCCUGAAGUAAUAUACUUAUACAGUAUGAAGAGUAGAUGCAUGUAUGGAAUGCCCUCUUGUAUAAAAUUAUGAAAAUACAAAAAGGAAGAAGAUAAUAUAUAAUCUAUGUUAGUUAUUUAAUUAAAGAGGAUAGGAAUACCAGAGCAUCAUGGUUACAUAUCUACACAAUAUGACAUACACAGGCACGUGGUGUUUAUGGAAAAUUAUAAAAUUAUUUAUACUUUUGAUUAUUUUAGACAACAUUCGUUGAAAUAAAAUUAAUACUACAUAAUAUUGUAGUAUUAGGUAUGGAAGGAUUUGGUUCAAAACCUCUUUAUAUUUCAAAAAUAAUAAUUUAUCUCGCUUGGUCAUAUUUACGUUAGAAAAUGUAAAAUAUUUCCCUUUGCUAAAAUGAUAAACUGAAUUCACCAUAGUUUUUCGUUUUCAAGAAAAGACAUAGGCCAUUGAAGAAACUACACAAAAGUGAGUUUGGAAACAUUCUUUUUCUUGUUCCUUGAUUAAAUUGGUAAUUCAUGUUACAACAACAUGAACGAAUAUGAUAUCAAAUUGAACAUGAAAGCUAUAACAAUAAUCGAGAAAGAUAACCGGUUGGUUGAACCGGUGCCAGACAUUUCAUCGGUGUAGUCAUUAUAA